GGUCAGAGGUGACAGGCAAGAUGUCGGCCGUCUGUGGCUUGGAGCGGUUGGUGAAAGGAGCAUCUUCGUGACAAGCUCGCCGGAGACGGCGAAAAGGAGCCGAAUCGCGGGAGCAAGUUUGAGGCGGCGGCGGAUCGGACGCGGCGGGGUGUGGGCGCCGAGGGAGCCCUGGCCGCGGGGCAUGACUGUCGGGAACGUGGGGGAGCGGGGAGUGGGAGGUGCCGGAGGCUGGUAAUACCUCGCAGUCCCCCGGGAACCGGGAAGCCAAACUCGGUGGGAGCGCUUCAUGCCGCCGACUGGUUUAGAGCCCGCCAGGAUGAACAGGAAGAAAGGAGACAAGGGCUUUGAAAGCCCAAGGCCUUAUAAAUUAACCCAUCAGGUUGUCUGCAUCAACAAUAUAAACUUCCAGAGAAAAUCUGUUGUAGGAUUCGUGGAACUGACUAUAUUUCCCACAGUUGCGAACUUGAACAGAAUCAAAUUGAACAGCAAACAGUGUAGAAUAUACCGAGUAAGGAUAAAUGAUUUAGAAGCUGCUUUUAUUUAUAAUGAUCCAACCUUGGAAGUCUGUCACAAUGAAUCAAAACAGAGAAAUCUAAAUUAUUUUUCCAAUGCUUAUGCAGCCGCAGUUAGUGCUGUGGAUCCCGAUGCAGGAAAUGGAGAACUUUGCAUUAAGGUUCCAUCAGAGUUAUGGAAACACGUUGAUGAAUUAAAGGUCCUAAAGAUACACAUCAAUUUUUCUUUGGAUCAGCCAAAAGGAGGUCUCCAUUUUGUGGUACCCAGUGUUGAGGGAAGUAUGGCAGAGAGAGGUGCUCAUGUUUUCUCUUGUGGGUAUCAAAAUUCUACAAGAUUUUGGUUCCCAUGUGUUGAUUCAUACUCUGAAUUAUGUACAUGGAAAUUAGAAUUUACAGUAGAUGCCGCAAUGGUGGCUGUUUCUAAUGGAGAUUUGGUGGAGACAGUGUAUACCCAUGAUAUGAGGAAGAAGACCUUCCAUUACAUGCUUACCAUUCCAACAGCUGCAUCAAAUAUCUCUUUGGCCAUUGGACCUUUUGAAAUACUUGUAGAUCCGUAUAUGCAUGAGGUUACUCAUUUUUGUUUACCUCAACUUCUUCCAUUGCUUAAACAUACUACAUCAUAUCUUCAUGAAGUUUUUGAAUUUUAUGAAGAAAUUCUUACAUGUCGAUACCCAUACUCCUGUUUUAAGACUGUAUUCAUUGAUGAGGCUUAUGUUGAAGUGGCUGCUUAUGCUUCCAUGAGCAUUUUUAGCACAAAUCUGUUACAUAGUGCCAUGAUUAUAGAUGAGACGCCUCUGACUAGAAGGUGUUUAGCCCAGUCCUUAGCACAGCAGUUUUUUGGGUGUUUCAUAUCCAGAAUGUCUUGGUCUGAUGAAUGGGUACUGAAGGGAAUUUCUGGCUAUAUUUAUGGACUUUGGAUGAAAAAAACUUUCGGUGUUAAUGAAUACCGCCAUUGGAUUAAAGAGGAGCUAGACAAAAUAGUGGCAUAUGAACUAAAAACUGGUGGAGUUUUACUACAUCCCAUAUUUGGUGGAGGAAAAGAGAAGGAUAAUCCGGCAUCUCAUCUACACUUUUCAAUAAAGCAUCCACAUACACUUUCCUGGGAAUACUACACUAUGUUUCAGUGUAAAGCUCACCUCGUGAUGAGAUUGAUUGAAAAUAGGAUCAGUAUGGAAUUCAUGCUACAGGUCUUCAAUAAACUGCUAAGUUUGGCUAGUACUGCUUCAUCACAGAAGUUCCAGUCACAUAUGUGGAGUCAGAUGUUGGUUUCCACAUCUGGAUUUUUGAAAUCCAUCUCAAAUGUCUCUGGCAAAGACAUCCAGCCUUUAAUAAAGCAGUGGGUAGACCAGAGUGGAGUGGUAAAAUUUUAUGGAAGUUUUGCAUUUAACAGAAAACGAAAUGUUUUGGAAUUAGAAAUAAAGCAAGAUUAUACAUCCCCUGGAACUCAGAAAUAUGUGGGACCACUUAAAGUGACAGUGCAGGAGUUAGAUGGAUCUUUCAAUCAUACGUUGCAAAUCGAAGAAAACAGCCUUAAACAUGAUAUUCCCUGUCAUUCCAAAAGCAGAAGGAAUAAGAAGAAAAAAAUUCCACUCAUGAAUGGAGAAGAAGUUGACAUGGAUCUUUCUGCGAUGGAUGCUGAUUCCCCUUUGCUGUGGAUAAGGAUAGACCCAGAUAUGUCAGUGCUGAGGAAAGUAGAAUUUGAGCAAGCUGAUUUCAUGUGGCAGUAUCAGCUCCGCUAUGAGAGGGAUGUCGUCGCACAGCAGGAGUCCAUUCUGGCCUUGGAGAAGUUCCCUACGCCAGCAUCUCGCCUUGCACUCACUGACAUAUUAGAACAAGAGCAGUGUUUCUACCGAGUAAGAAUGUCUGCUUGCUUCUGCCUCGCAAAGAUUGCAAAUUCAAUGGUGAGCACAUGGACAGGACCACCAGCCAUGAAAUCACUUUUUACUCGAAUGUUUUGUUGCAAAACUUGUCCAAACAUUGUGAAAACAAACAACUUUAUGAGCUUUCAAAGCUAUUUUCUACAAAAGACUAUGCCAGUUGCAAUGGCUUUAUUGAGAGAUGUUCACAACCUUUGCCCCAAAGAAGUCUUAACAUUCAUUUUAGACUUAAUCAAGUACAAUGACAACAGAAAAAAUAAGUUUUCAGAUAACUAUUAUCGUGCUGAAAUGAUCGAUGCCCUUGCCAACUCUGUUACGCCUGCAGUCAGUGUGAAUAAUGAAGUUCGAACUUUGGACAACUUAAAUCCAGAUGUGCGACUCAUUCUUGAAGAAAUCACUAGGUUUUUGAAUAUGGAAAAACUUCUUCCAAGUUAUAGACACACCAUUACUGUCAGUUGUUUGAGAGCCAUACGAGUGCUUCAGAAGAAUGGGCAUGUUCCAAGUGAUCCAGCUCUUUUUAAAUCUUAUGCGGAGUAUGGCCACUUUGUGGACAUCAGGAUAGCAGCUUUGGAAGCAGUCGUUGAUUAUACUAAAGUGGACAGGAGUUAUGAAGAACUGCAGUGGCUACUUAAUAUGAUUCAGAGUGACCCUGUACCCUAUGUAAGACAUAAGAUUCUAAACAUGUUGACAAAGAACCCACCAUUUACUAAGAACAUGGAGUCUCCAUUAUGCAAUGAAGCCUUGGUAGAUCAACUUUGGAAACUUAUGAAUUCUGGAACGUCACAUGACUGGAGGUUACGGUGUGGUGCUGUGGACUUGUACUUCACACUCUUUGGCCUCAGUAGACCUUCCUGCUUGCCCUUACCAGAGCUUGGGUUGGUUCUUAAUCUAAAAGAGAAAAAAGCUGUCUUGAAUCCGACCAUAAUUCCAGAGGCCAUAGCAGGCAACCAAGAAGCUACGAUUAAUCCAAGUAGUCACGCACAGCUAGUUGGAUUUCCGAACCCUUUUUCAAAUUCUCAAGAUGAGGAGGAAAUUGACAUGGACACAGUUCAUGAUAGCCAGGCGUUCAUUUCCCAUCAUUUGAACAUGCUUGAAAGGCCAUCGACUCCAGGGCUCUCUAAAUACCGGCCAGCCAGCUCCCGAUCUGCUUUAAUACCCCAACACUCACCAGGCUGCGAUGGCACACCCACCACAAAACCCCAGUGGAGUAUGGAACUUGCACGGAAGGGAACAGGGAAGGAACAGUCCCCUCUGGAGAUGGCUAUGCACCCAGUGGCAGCGGCUCCGCUCUCAGUGUUUACUAAGGAGACUGCGUCCUCCAAACAUAGCGACCACCACCACCACCAUCACCACGAGCACAAGAAGAAGAAGAAGAAGCACAAGCAUAAGCAUAAGCACAAGCACAAGCACGAGAGUAAGGAGAAGGACAAAGAGCCUUUCACCUUCUCCAGCCCGGCCAGCGGCAGGUCUGUCCGUUCUCCUUCUCUUUCAGACUGAGAGGGGGACAGGGCACUUGGCCUCCGUGUCCUGAAGAAUAUAUGUAACUAAAGCUUUGUUCUCUGUAAAGAAUGAUAAAAGGAAACCGACAAAAAAAUAGUUGCCUUUCUCAUAGAAAUUCAGAAUCUAUGUAAGUUCUAAACAUUUGACUUGUGUUAUUUAUGCAGUUGAGAACUAAUUAGAAGAAUGUUUUAUAGUUCCGAAUCAACCGUUUCCUCCCCAUUUCCUCCUUAGACCACACACACGUGCACACACACGCACACACACUCAGCCAAACUUCGUAAAGGCCCUCAUAGCCACUGGCAGUUCCCAUUCACAUCAUGGUCUUCAUGUGUACUGCCAAAAUCAAUUAUGUUUUAAAGUCUUUGAUGGAUGUUAUGGGGCAAAGUGAUGUUUUAAACAAGCUACUGCCAGAUCUGUGGUGAAACCACUAUUUCCAGUGAAAUCUUGUAUGACACUACUGGGAACUACUGAGAAAGACUGAGGCUUUUCCAUAGGAAUCUUCUGUAUUACAUGGUAUUUUUUGUGUUAACCAUAGAGGCUAAACAUCAGAAUUUGUGAACAAGAUGGCAUGAUAUUUUCUUUUGCCCUAAAACACUGAAAUUUUUAGAAGCAGCUCUUUAAAAAAAAAAAUUGGGGGGGGGGGGAUUAUGAUGUUGGAAUUUAAUAGAACUCUCAAAGCCACAGUUCUUAAAUCAAGAUGUUUAAAUUUUAAGUUCUUUUUUCAUUAAGUAUAAGUGAAUAUGUUCAUAUAUAGAAUAUGUUUGUUAAAUGUGGACAGUUUACACACCCGACACAUAAUCUAAAAUUAUUUCUAUAUAACGCAAAGUCCAAUACCUUAAAAAGGUGUUUAUAUGGUGUUUACUAACUCAGACAAGUCAGCCCUCAUGUAAGUAUACCAGAAACAUUUAAAAAUAUAUGAAACAUUUUGGUUUCAUACUUCAAUAGUUAGUGUGUUUUUAUUUCUGAAUUUACCAUGUGCUUUAUUGUUUGUUUAUUUAAAAUGUUUUUCAUACCUGUUCUAUUUUUAUCAUUUCUCGUACCAUUAGCUUGACAAAGUAUUUCUUCCAGAAUAGAUGUCUCAAAGGGAUCCAGUAAUAUUGGACUUUUAAGUAAAUAUACUUUUAGUUGUGUUUAACUUGUUUAAUAAAUAACUUUUUAAAUUGA